AUGGCCCCGGAGUAUAUCGAGCUCCAGCAGCUCCCAACGAAGAAGCAAAACCGCAACGAGGUGGCCACCAUUUUGCUGCGUUUGGGUCUACCGUCUAUCUUCGACUCUUUUGAAGAAUUACCCCCACUGGCUCGUUUCAUGAUAGAGAAAAUCGAAAAUUUGGCUAUUGAAGACGCUGUUGUGAUUUUAAGAGAUGUCUUGGCAGAACACAGGGGCGAUGUGAACUUCCCUCUGGCCGAUUACCACUUGAUAGAGCGUCUUUUGAGUCAACUACCGUCAGACCAGCGGGACCUGGUGGACAAGAAAAGCAGAGAUAGCGACUCGGACCAGGAAACGAAGACGGACCAAUGGGCGCUAGAAGUGAGACUUGAAGCGGGGUUGGUGGCCUUCCACUCGCCGUAUCCUGAAGUCAGAGCUGUGGUGGAUCCAUUGGAUGAUCCGUCUAUUCCAGUCGAGACGCUACGAGUGUACGUGAUUGGCUUGUCGUGGACGCUUAUGGGUUCUUUGAUCAACAACUUUUUUGUCCACAGACUUCCCAGUAUCGUUCUUUCGACAAGCACUGUGCAGCUUCUACUUCUACCUAGCGGCAAACUCUGGGAAAAAGCGUUUGGGAUGAAUAAAAAGGUAAACAUUUUUGGGAAAGAGAUAAAUCUCAACCCUGGGCCGUGGAACUACAAGGAGAUGAUGCUUGCAACUAUCAUCUACUCGUGUUCAGCAGGAACACCGUAUGCCAUUUACAACUUCUUCGUCAUGAAGCUUGACCGCUUCUACGGACUCGACUGGGUCACCUGGGAAUACCAAAUCAUGUUUGCGUUGUCAACCCAAUUUCUUGGCUUCGCCUUCGCUUUCCUUAUGCUCAAGGUCUGUGUGUACCCUAAGAAAGCCAUGUGGCCCACGCUUUUGCCCACAAUAGCUUUAAACAGAGCUCUUAUGAAGGAUGAUCCCAAAACCAACAUCAACGGAUGGACGAUAUCCCGGUACUCGUUUUUCUUUGUUGCAUUUAUCGCCAGUUUCUGCUACAACUGGCUUCCCUCUUAUUUAUUCAAGGCACUCUCCACAUUCAAUUGGCCUACGUGGUUUCUGCCAGACCUGAUCCACCUUAUCAAUGUCACCGGAACAAAUCAAGGAUUGGGCCUCAAUCCACUUCCCACACUUGACUGGAAUAUCAUAGACAUGGCGGGGUGCUUGACCAUUCCUUUCUACACCUACGCCAACCAGUAUCUUGGUUUGAGUCUUGGAUUCCUCACAAUUCUUUUGGUUUACUACACCAACAACAAGUGGACAUCGUACUUCCCAAUCAACUCAAAUCGUUUGUUCAGCAACACAGGUGAGGUAUACGAUGUCAAGAAGAUUCUUGACGAAAACAAGGCCUUCAAUCACGACAAAUAUAUGGAGUACGGUCCGCCAUACUUUUCAGCCGCCAACUUGGUCCUUUAUGGUGCCUACUUUUGCAUGUACCCCUUCGCUAUCUUGUAUCAUGCCGUUACCGAAUGGACGUCCAUGAAACAGAGUUUUGCCAACAUUUGGUUCACUGUCAAGGACUCAUUCAAUAAGGACCUGGAUUCAAACUACCACCGCUUUGCUGAUGACCCACACUGCCUGAUGAUGUCUCACUACAAGGAGGUGCCCAGCUGGUGGUUUUUGACCAUUUUGAUUGUGAGUGUCACGUUUGCAUUGAUCUGUGUUAUAUUCUAUCCCGUCGAGACGCCUGUGUGGGGAAUCUUUUUCACCAUUGGCAUCAACUUUAUAUUCCUUAUUCCAAUCACUGCCAUAGCCUCGGUGACUGGUUUCGCCUUCGGCUUGAACGUGUUGGUUGAGCUCAUUGUUGGUUAUGCGAUUCCCAAUUCUGGUAUUGCCCUUAUUACCCUCAAGGCGUAUGGUUACAAUAUCGACUCACAAGCGUCUAAUUACAUCACAGACCAGAAGUUAGCACACUACACUAAAGUGCCACCUAGAGCGAUCUUCCGUGGCCAGAUUAUUCUGACAUUCCUCAGUGUGUUUGUUGCGUUAACCAUUGCCAAUUGGCAAAUGAGCAAUAUCCCUGACAUUUGUGAAUUGCACCAGAAGAACAAGCUUAGGUGCCCGGGUGCGAAUACCUACUUCUUCUCCAGCAUCCAGUACGGAGAAAUCGGCCCGGCAAAGGUCUUUGGCGGUAUAUACCCUAUUUUGAAGUGGUGCUUUUUGCUAGGAGCGGUGAUGGUCGUUCCUAUGGCGCUCUUCAAGAAGCACGGGCCUUCCAGAAUCACCAGAUCGUUCCAGCCAACGAUCAUCUUGGGAGGGUUCUUGAGUUACGCCCCAUACAACAUGCUGUAUUUCACCGGCGGGCUCUACAUGUCGUACCUCUUCAUGAACCGCAUCAAGCGGAACUAUACCCUUUGGUGGGAGAAGUACAAUUACAUCUUGACCAGUGCGCUCUCAGCAGGUGUGGCAUUCAGUGCUUUGCUCAUUUUCUUCACCGUUCAGUACGACAAGGAUGAUCUCAACUGGUGGGGCAACAAUGUGAGCAACAUGGGCAUUGAAGGGUCCAACAAGCACCAUGCCUGGCUCAAGGCCUCAGACGCUCCCGAAGGGUACAUCGGUUUGAGAAAGGGCCAGUUCCCUUAA